AUGGAGGCGACCUCCGCGGCGGAUGCGAGGCCGCCGCGCGCACCACACUCGUACCCCGUCCUCUUUUGGCUACACGUUAUGAGCACGCCGACCUCUGACCUCAGCGGCACCGGCGAUGACAACCGAAGCGAGCCUGUUGAGCUCGGCGCUCGACUCAAACUCAAACGUGACCAGGUGUAUCUACACCUCACGUACCAACCCCGUGAAGCGACGUUGCCGGAGCAUCCUGCAUCUGCGCCAGCGACUCGGGCUGGUGACGCCAGCGCGAAACACUCAUCCUUCGCGUCAUCGCAACGCUCCUCGAAGCAGAGCCGGUGCCUCCCAUUUGCGCUCCCGCCCAGUAGGAGCGCACUGCACCAGAACCACAGAUCCGUCACACCACUCAAGAAGCACGAGCAUGCAGAAGCGCCAGCGACGUCGUUGGCCAGCUGUGCUCACCGACACCUAAAGCAGCACUACACCGUUGCGCUGGCGGAAAUUUCGCCCCUGGCCGCACAGCUGCCACUAUCGGCGGAACUGCGCUCGAGUCUGCAUCUCAAUCGUGUAGACCAGGACGCGGCAGCCUACUCGUCCCACUCCACCCCGCAUGCUCCGUUCAUGAGUCUCGCCAGCGGGGAUUUGUCAAGGGCGCCGUCUGCGCUGUCAUCGAACUCCUGCUAUCCUCUCAGCUCCGACCUUGCUGCCACGUCUGCUCGCCCACAGGACAGCAACUUAUCUGCACGUCAAGUGUCCAGAGGACGUGCAAGAAGUACGACGGCCACCUAUGGGCAGUACCUAGAUGUGGCGGAGCCGCUGCGCUCAAACACGGGCACUUCGCCGCCACCGCUGCUCACGGCGUCGAGCAAAGGCAAGGGAUGCUGGCAAUCGAGUUCCUGCUCCGGCGACGGUGACGCAACAGGGGCGCAACAGUCUCCGUCCAAGUGCACAUCGCACGUGCCGCGCGGAAGGGUAAGUCGGCUGCUCACGCCGCUCAUCGACAAGGCACCUGCACCUCAGGCGCUUCCUAUCACGCACCUCAGCAGUGCCAGCUUUGGCAGCUCGACCCCUCCGCAAACGCGCGCCGCGAGCGUACGCCUUUCCACCGUAAACGGUAUCCUGGAGUACGAGGAGCUGCUUGGUGUCACCUUCUUCGGUGUCGCGGAGACGGCCGGGGUCGGUAACUGCUCCUCCAGUGACGACGAGGGACAUGGGCUGGUGGACAAGGCGAGGAGAGUUGGUCGCCGUAAGCUCUCUGACACGCUGCUAAACUCCAUCGUGCCACCGAAGAAGAAUGUGCGGCGGAUGCAGAGCGCGAGGGCCCUCUCGCCCCACUCUGAGGUGCUCAGCCACAAUCACCGGGGCGCAGCGACGCCGCUGCACCCGCCGCACGGACACACGCCAACCCCCUGGAAAAGCAACCAUGCAACCCGGUCACCUGUCCUCGCGCCCACUGCUCAUGUGUGCCCGCCAAACGUGCUGGAGCUGCCCUUCCAGCUCCACCAUGCCCAGACGUUUUGCCUGCGCUUCCAAAACGAGGCCGACAUGCGUGAGUUCCUGAGCUGCUACAUUGAAAUGCAGACGUACGUAAAGCAAAUGCAUGAGAAGAGUGCAGCCGCCAAGAGGCUGGCGGAGGCAGGGGGACGCGACAGUGGAGAUGGGCAGCUGGCCACUUCUCAGCUGGCCGAAGAUGACAAAGAACAUUCGGUCAGUAGCCAGUAUGAGGUGUACCUGAGGGAGAGCACCACGAACUCUCUCGACUCCCCGUCCACCGCGACCUACAAUGAGCACUCCCACCAUUCAAAGGCCUUGGGUCCAAGGGGCAGUCCACCCUGUACCAAGAUCAUCUCGGAUGAUCUGCUGAGGCAUGGCCAGCCAGCGGUAUCGGAGGAGAUCGACGGUGGGCACCACGAUAACAGCAAGCCCUACACGGAGUUUAGCGCUCUAUCGACUCCAGUUCGGACUACCGUUCGUAGCUGUGGUUGGCAGGACUACCUCCGGCACAAAGUGGACCCUCGCUACGGCAUCAGCUAUGCCACAGUACCGCUGUUUCUAUGGCACGCGUUUCUUCGGCUCGCGUCGUCGGUGCUUUACACGUGUCAGCGCGGCUUCCUCAUUGUGGAGCGUCUUCCAACACCGAGCUCGCCUAACCACGGCGAGUAUGGCAGCCGCAACGCCUUCUGUGCAGGGCUCGACGCAUCAACGGAGGCUUCAAAGCAGCGCCAGAAUCACCUUGUGGGUCGGCCGCUCAGCCCAAUCGGCGCUGCGCAGGAGGUAGCGCCAUCCACAAUGCAGCCGCGACAGCGUCAGGAUUUGCCGAGCCCUGAAGGCGUCGCCCAGCGGCAUCCGGCACCGCUGGUCCCAGUGGCCGCUCAGAAGCUGCUGCCGUCCGCGUCCACGAUCAGGCCGAGCUGCGAUGACGUGAAGCUCGUACUCCCCUCUGUCGCCAGCGCCCCGUGCCAGCGCACGGAUGCACACGUCACCACCCUCAAGGACGUCUUUCUAUGCCUGUCAGAGUCCCACCUGAUGUUCAUGAACUCAUUUGGACACGUCUGGUACCACUUCAGCUUCGACGAGAUCGUCCUGAUCACCCACUCCGCCGCGACGGACUCGUUCCCGACACAUCCUUUCCUUCGCUUCCGCCUCAAGCCCAGUGAAUGCCUCGAUACACCCACAUUUGUGCUCACGUUUACGUUGCUUCCAGAUGUACCCCGCCACCUGCGACGUGCACGCGCUAGCGCCUCGCAACCCGAGCCGGAGGCCGAACCAGCGACGCAGCGUGGUUCUGCGCGAUCGACGUCGUCGGCGUCAGUGAGGGUAUAUAGAGCCGCACCCUGGGGCAGCGCCCUCGCCCCGGGCGAAUCCGUCGCCGUAACCGACAACUGCGUGAGCCUCGUGGAGGCCGAAGAGAAGGAACGGCUUCUGUGCCGUCACAAAGCACUCCUCGGCAUUUUCGAAAUGGUCUGCCCACGACCGGUGGAGCGGUGCACCUUCACGGAGCUGAUGGGCGGCGAGAACAGUAAGGCAUACCGCGCGCGCUUGAGGCAACUACUCUCACGUGCUUCGACCGGGGUGUCCGGCUUUCCUCUGGUCGAAAAGUCCUCCGUUGUGUACGCGGGCGCUUCCUCGCGGAUGGGGCAGCAGCACAGCACAACCCCAAUUCUCUGUGUAAAGCUGACUGCAGAAGACAUCAGCAUUGCGGAGUCUGACAGACAGCGGUCGGAGGGGGCGCAUCCCCCACCGAACCAGCCGCCACUCGCGUCAUCAAGGUCACAGAGUGCGCGACAGGUUCCGGAUUCGCGGUGGCGGCGGUCGCCGCCACACAGGGCACCGGACGGAUCUCGAACAAGCGCCUUUGCCGGGCCGACGCUUCGCUGGGGUCGCGACGAUCCUGGCGUAGUGUUGCGGGAUGGGGGGCACGACAUGGACUUUUCAUUUGACCGCGCCACCCGCACCAUGCCGCUGCUGGCGUGCAAGGAGACGGUGUCGCAGGGCUACGGCGCUUCUUCGCAGGCUUGCCAGCCGCACGGUCUCUACCCGAUUCACUGCGACUCAGGCUCAGCUAAAGCGAAGCAGAAGAACGAGGAUGGGGGAACCAAGGGCAGCAGCCAUGUGGGUGCAGAGGACAUGUACAUGCCAAUAGCACCCAAGAAGCGGCACAGUAGCAUUGUGCGCUGUGUUUCCAUGAAUAAGCUGUAG